AUGACGUCAUUUGGGGCAACUAGAAUUUGCGAUCUUGCAUCCGAUGGACGUAAUUUUGAAAAUACAUUCAAAAUUCAAGGCCAGGUGUACCACAAAAUUGGAUCAUUGAUGCCAAUGCCUGAUGAUAAUCCGAAAUUUCUUCAAAUUUAUUUAAUAGGCAAUUGUGAAGAGCGCGUAACUACGCGGUGCCAGUAUAAUUUCAUUGAACAAGUAGAGGAAAGAGCAAUUGUGAUAUUACUGGAAAAUUUUUUAGAAGAUCAGAAUCAACUACUUCAAUUAAUCAAAAGAGUUUCGCCACGAUUGCAAGAUGACAACUAUCAAAUCGUCAUAAAAGCCGAUAAAGUACCAUUAGGUGAACAUGCUAGUAGAUUCAACACUCAAACUGUUGAUGAGGUUGCUGUUAUCAUGGUUGGUGAUCCAGUUGACAAAAGAUCUAUAAAAAUUACCCGGCGAGACAACACUAUCAGUACGAUUUCAGAUCUACACCGUUCAUAUGAUGCACUACAAUAUCCAUUGAUAUUUUGGCAAGGACAGGAUGAAUAUCACCUUAACAUCAAACAGUGUGAUCCUAAUACCGGUGACUAUGGGAAUAAAAAAAUUGUUGAUAUGUAUGCUAAGGUUGAAAGCGAACGCUUGCGAUUCAUUCGAUUUAACCAGGCUAAAUUACGAUCGGAAGAAUAUAUUCACUUACGAGAUGCUGUUGCUGGAAACAUCGACGGAAAUUUAAAUCCUAAUAACAUCGGUAAUGCUUUCAUUUUACCUUCAUGCUACAUCGGCAGUCCACGGAACAUGCAGGAAUACAUACAAGACGCGAUGACUUACAUACAUCAUUACGGCCGACCGCAUUUAUUUAUUACAUUUACAUGUAAUCCGAAUUGGGAAGAGAUACUAACUUUAUUAUUAUCAGGACAACAAUGGCAAAAGCGAGGUUUGCCUCAUGCCCACAUUUUGAUUUGGCUUGAAGAUAAAAUCCGUCCAGAAGAAAUUGAUCAAAUAAUUUCAGCCGAAAUUCCAGACCCAUUAAUUGAUCCAGAAUUAUUUGAUGUUGUCAUUCAACACAUGAUCCAUGGGCCAUGUAGUGCUUUUAACAUCACGACACCAUGCAUGGAAAAUGGAAAAUGUAAGAAAAAUUUCCCAAAGCCGCAUACGAAUGACACUAUCACGGAUAUUGAUGGUUAUCGUAUAUAUCGCCGCAGAAAUACUGAGAAUGGUGGCCACACAUUUAUAAUGCGACUGCUGAAUUAUCCAAAUCAAGCAGAAUUUGAUAAUCAGUGGGUGGUACCAUAUUCACCAUUACUUUCAAAAACUUAUAAAGCUUAUGUCAACGUUGAGCUUUGCAGUUCUGUAAAAUCAAUUAAGUACAUUUGUAAAUAUGUAAACAAAGGCAGUGAUUUGGCCAUAUUUGAAGUACAAAAUAUAAAUAAAAAUGACGAAAUAGCACGAUACCAAAUGGGUAGAUACAUUAGCAGCAACGAAGCUAUUUGGCAUAUUCUCAGCUUUCCCAUACACGAAAGAGAUCCUUCUGUCCAGCAUCUAGCAAUACAUCUUGAAAACAGUCAACGUGUAUACUUCACUGAAGAAGAUCUUCUCCAAAGAGCGUUCGAGGCCCCAAAAACGACACUAACUGAAUUUUUUACAUUGUGUCAAAGAUUUGAUAUUUUUGGCCGAUUCGCAAAGACAUUGCUAUAUGGUGAUGUUCCGCAUUAUUUCACAUGGAACAAAUCCAGUAAAAAAUGA